GUCACCCUCAGCGUGGUUUGUUUAUAUGUACAAUACUCGUCUUUAUCUAUGGUACAAUGUUUGAGCCAUAGAGAAAAUAUAAUAUUUUCGUUGUGUUAAUCACAUCUUUGGUUUGAGCUUGUGUAAAGAGGUAAUUUUAGAAUAUUCUAUAUGUGCUUUGUGCGGUCGAGUGUAAAGGGCUAAACUAUGGUGAUGGAAAAGACAACCAGUAAGACCAGCUCCCUGCAAGCAUUGCUUUUGAGGGCAUGGAGGGAGCGCUGGACCGAUCUGCAAUGGGGUAUCAACAUCAAGACGGUGUUGCCGCGAGGCGUCAGUGGGGACGUCUACAAUUUGGCCGAUUGUAUUCUGCAGCAGGCGGUUGUAGGCGAUGGGGCCAACCAGUUAGUGCUCAGCUACUUGAGACACUCUCUCAGCGCUCAGCUGGUGUCGCACGCCGCUGUGCUUCAGCGGCUCAGCAAAUACAGUCAGUUUGGAAAAGUGCACUGUAUCACCAGUUUGCUUGAGUUCUUGGAAGGCAUGCUUUCUGGAGUGACAUGUUUUGGAAAACCCGAAGAAACAGUGCUGGCUACAGCCGUUCUCUCCAUCGCUCUUUGGCUGCUGAAUAUCUUGCAUAACUGCAGCGAAGCUGCAGGUCUGAUCCAGAAAGCCAGUGAGCUUCUAAAAAUCCUGCUGACUGAUGACUUUUACAUAUCCAUGAUCUGUUUGGCCAAAUACAACGAUCCAGAACUAUUCCAGGAAACUAGCGCCAAAUGCACAGAGGUUUUAUCCAGACUUCCGGAAGCUGACGAAGUCACAAAAUACGUAGCCAAGCUCGAACACAUCGAUAUUCACAUGCUGUGCCUUCCGGUGAACAGUGAAAAAUGGCCCGGCUCUUUAGUGCAGUGCUGGCUGGAGGUGAACCUUAUGAAGAAGCCCGAUAUGGAUGCUUCUUCGCUGGCGGAUCAGCUGCAAAUAUUCCAAAGGCUCAAAGGUUUUAGCGAUUCGAGACUGUUCGCCGAAUUGCUGCGAGGCAGCUUGCUCUGUUUCUACAACACCAACGAGUCGCCCCAUGAUAGCAGAUGGGAGGCAAUCACGUUCUUGAAAGUGCCCCAUAUUAUUCAGGAAUUGGCCGCGAAGUCUGACAGUGCCAGUGUGGUUAAUGCUAUCGAGCUGAUUUUGCAGCAUGGACCUUUGUUGGACUUACUAGAUGCCAAGUGUUCCUACUCGAGCUUGAAAUAUUUGCUUGAAGAGCUGGUUAAGUUGAGGCUGAUCAGCGAACCGCAAGCUGGCCAUUUGCUGGAAAUCCGAAAGCAGUCAACUAGCCUGAAAUUGGACAAUGGCGAUCGAAGUAAACCGCGGGUGGUUGUGUGUGCCGAAACAACAUUUUCAGGAAUUAUUAACUCCCUGUCAACGACCGAAUAUCAUAAAGUGCAGGAAGGAAUGCUGGGCAUGUUCCAGCAAAUGCUAAUCGCGAAAAAUUUUCAACUCAUCCUGGCAGCCGCUUGCAGUUUGGGCCAGUUGAAGACGCUGGUCAAACGCCUCAUUCGAUUCAAUGAGUGUUUCAACUUCCUGAGCCAGGACAAGGCCAGAAUCGAACAGUUUGACAUCAGCUUUGUGAUGCUCGUAUCAAUCGUACAGAACUUCGGUGUGGAAGUUUUGGACACCGACGAUGAAUCCCUGAUAUACGAAUGGGUGAACGAGUGUUUAGUGGACCGCCACAUGCAGAAAUCCCCAACUCAGCUGCUCCAGAUCAGCGACCCCGUUAUAGUGGAGGCGCUGAUUAAGCAGUUCAAUUCCUGCGAGGGCGAUUUCAAGCCCAAUCUCAAGCACAAGAACGUGCUGUUUAAUAUGCCUGGAGUCAUGCACGAAGUGUUGGUGGCUUGGGAGCAAGGCGCUUUACACCCUUCGGAUGUAAAACGAAUCCUGGACGCAGUGAGGGGAAAGAUGUGUUGUCUGGCUAUAGCUGGGGCCACCUAUUUGUGUUCCUACAUGCGAACCGUGCCCCAGGAGAACCUACUGAAGCCCAAAAACAUGGUUCAGCAGCUGCUUCAAGUGCCGCCAAUCAUUCCCAAUCCCACAGCCGAAGAAGCCAGUCUACGAGAUCGUUGGGAGCUGACCAGUGAAAUCAUCCGCAAAAUUGAACGCGACAUUCAAUUGCCUACCACUAAAAGUAGUAGCAACUUGAUGUCACGUUCACCAGCUACGGAGUGUUUGCACAGCACUUGGAACAGCGCAAUUACGAACGGAUGGCUCGACUAUGAUUCCGCAAGGAUUUUACACUGCCUGUUGGAUACAGCCGGGCCUAAGUGGCUAGUCAAUGCUGUUAUUCAUGAAUUGUUGAAACUGAGGUUUCGAGAGCAGUUGCAAAGAGCAGUCGAUCUGGCUUUAGCAAUCUUCCACGUGGACAUUGUGGCAUGCACCACAGAGCUGCUGUCCCACAUUUUACCCCAACUUUUGUUUGUGGAUGUGCAAUCCUUCAGGCUGGUCGAGCCGCAGCUCUCGUUCCUAGCUUGCCUUACCAGUUACUGUAUUUACACGGCUUGGGACUCGGUGGCUAACGAGAGAGACGAUGAGCCUCCAAUGAAAAUGCUCCGAUUUGAGAACGUCGAGGAACCGGUCACGCCUGCCAAAAAGCUGAUUCGUUCGCUGCUGCAACUGUUUUCCACCUUUGAAAAGAUGGAGGGCGGAAUAACGCCGCAGACGUACUUCGUUUACAAUCUGAUCAAGUCGCUGGUGGAAGUGAAGAUUCAAUCGGCAAAUGCCAUUCUGGCAUAUAUUUCGCCUUCGUUGAUUUCCGGCCUGUUGAAGACUCUGCCGGACCUGUUCAGUUUUCCCUUGUUGCUGCAUUUGCACGAUGUUUGCACCACUACCGGACGCGUGAAUAUGGCUAAGGAUCUGUGCGUGUUGAGGAAUUAUCAAUUAAAGAAAUGUCUGAGAAGUUACUAAUGGUAUGAAUAAAUUGGAGGCCUUAGCAUGAGACACCGUGCAUGCCGCAUAGGUAAGUGAAAAUA